UGUUCGUGCCAUAGCGAUUUUUCUCUCAUCAGAGGCGACGAAGACUUGUCCGCACUGAGGGGGAAAUCCUAUAUUCAGUAUCAAAUUUUCCGUUCUUAAUUUGUUUAGGUUUCAAUUUUCCGGCGAUCGUCGGUCGAUUUCUUCUCCGUUCCGGCGAUUUUAUCUUCCUCAUUUCCAGCGAUGUCGAUUAAGACUGUCAAAGUCAGCAAUGUCUCCCUUGGAGCGUCUGAACGAGAUAUCAAGGAGUUCUUUUCCUUUUCUGGUGACAUUGAAUAUCUUGAAAUGCAGAGUGAAACUGAACGGUCUCAAACUGCUUACGUAACAUUUAAGGACGCGCAAGGGGCAGAGACUGCCGUUCUUUUGUCCGGAGCAACUAUAGUGGAUCUUUCUGUCAACAUUACUUUGUGUCCCGAUUAUGAGCUCCCUCCUGAAGCUACCGCACCACCUCCUGCCCCUGGAACUAAACCACCUGGUGCUGCUGAAUCUGCCUUUCGGAAAGCAGAGGAUGUGGUUAGCGGGAUGCUAGCCAAGGGCUUUAUCUUGGGCAAAGAUGCACUCAACUCAGCUAAGGCAUUCGAUGAGAAACACCAGUUAACUUCCACGGCUUCUGCUAAAGUUGCUACAUUGGAUAAAAAAAUUGGGUUCACUGAGAAAAUUAGCGCUGGUACAUCGUUGGUGAGCGACAAAGUUCGGGAAGUAGACCAGAAGUUUCAGGUUUCUGAGAAGACAAAAUCUGCAUUUGCAGUUGCAGAAGAAAAAGUUAGCAAUGCUGGAUCUGCCAUUAUGAAAAACCGAUAUGUAAUGAGCGGGACUAGCUGGGUUGCUGAUACUUUCAAUAAGGUAGCCAAAGCAGCUGGAGAAGUUGGUCAGAAAACAAAAGAGAAAGUUGUGGUGACGGAAGAAGAACAGAAAAAGAAGACGGUUGAAGAUUUUGCUAAGGUUCAUCUCUCGGAAUCACCAAAAGCAGCAUCGGCACCCCCUGAGGAGCCUCAACAACGUCCAAAACCCGAACCAGCUCAAGGUCUGAUCCUCUGAAUUGUUGUGAUGUUUGUUGAUAUCUAUGUGUCCGAAAGUUCUUGUAGCUGUAAUUUGUACUUCCCCUUCAUCUCUGGCAUGGUUAUUAUAUGUUAGGGUGAAAAUAUAGAAUAGAUUUCUUCCUCAAUUAGUGGUCAGACUUUAUUGCAUAAGAUAUCUUCAUUUUUCAUAAUAUAAAAACACAAAUUUUUCCAUGUUGAAAACAGAUUCUGCUCUUUCUACAAUGCUAUAUGUAUCUAUGCAGUUCUGGCUA